CGGUACAACUGCUGCGCCGCUGCGCAUAUCCACACACACACACACACACACACACACACACACACACACACACAUACACACACACACACACACACCGACAGACACACAGCUGCUGCAAAGCUGCACUGACAGGAGGUUUGAAACUGCGAUCAAACAGUUGGAUCCGGACUCUUUGACUGACUCUGUGAUUCUCAGCGAUUAUCACCGCAGGCGUGCGUUUAUUUGCAAAGGAUGGUUUCCUGCGGGUAUCUAUUUAUUCCUGGAUGUCUCAUCAUCAAAAGAGAGAAGCUCUCCCGGUGACUGCACGGUGAUGUGAACCGGACAGAGUGGAGCUAUCAGGUCAGCUUCCAAUCAGCCAAGAAGACAUGCCCCCUUCCACCCUGGAUUCACAGCCAUGACCUUCCCUUUCUCCUCGGCUGCACUGCACUCUGACAUCUUAUUUAGCUAGAAUGCAAACCUUUGCCCAUGUUGUCCUUUUUUGUUGGAUCAGGGCUGGGAAUUCCAUAACUGUUGAGGUAUAUGAUGAACAAUAAUGUCUGAGUGAAUGCUGGAAAGUGCCCUGAGGAUGAAACUUUAGCCAUUAAUACCCAGACGAAAGGUCAAGUUCAGAUGGAUUUUAGCUCUGCGUUAAGAAAAAAAAGUUUGAAUGAGGCCAAUGACGCAAUGCCAAUGCAGAAGGCUCCAGCAAAAAUCUGCAGGGUUGUCUGGCAGGAAAGCUGAACUUGGCUCAACUUUUGUUUCUGCAAGACUGAGUUUUAAAACACUGCCUUUUGGCAUCUGAUAAGCCAUUAAAUUCAUGGAUUUAUUACUCAAACCGGACUUCCUGGAUUGUAUUUCAUAUCUUACCAGUACCUAAAGAAACCCCCACAAACGCAAACCCCUUGAGUUGUUUUAACCAGGGCUGAUUUCAGUCCGCUAAUGGGGGCCUCUUACAGUUGUAGGUCAUCUAUAAAACCUCCUUCCUGUGGUUCUCUUUUUCUUGUGGGAACUUUGCUUCUGUCUCUGAUUAUGACUGCGUAUGCCUGCCCUAAUAUCUGUCACUGCACGGACAGGAACGGCGUGGUGGUGCAGUGCACCUCACGCAACUUAGAGAACAUCCCACCGAACUUGCCCAAGGACACUGUUGUUCUUUUGCUUUCAUCUAACCGAAUCAGACACAUCCCAAAGGAGACCUUCACAGACCUCCACCGCCUCAGGGAACUAGACUUAUCUCACAAUGCCAUUGAGAGCAUGGAGGUCGGUGCCUUCCAAGGAAUUUCCGACAGCCUGCGGACGUUGGAUCUUUCAAACAACCACCUCAGCAGCCUCCCCAAGGACACCUUCGCCAAGCUCCAUGCCCGCGUGCGAUUAUCCCACAACCCCUGGCACUGCGAGUGCUCUCUGCAGGAGGUGCUGAGGGAGCUGAGGCUCGACCCCGACACGGUGAACGACGUCAGCUGCUACACAUCGGUGCAGGAGGAGUACGUGGGACAGCCGGUAAUCCAAGUCCUAGACUCGGGCAUCAACUUUUGCAACUUCCACCACAAGACAACAGAUGUGGCCAUGUUCGUGGCCAUGUUCUGCUGGUUCUCCAUGGUGACGGCUUAUAUCAUUUACUACAUCAGACACAACCAGGAGGACGCCAGGAGGCACAUGGAGUACCUCAAGUCCCUGCCUAGCACUUCCCACAUUAGCAAGGACUACGACACAGCCAGCAGUGUGUUUUAGCGUGCCUGAGAAAAGAUGGACCAAUGAAUAUAGAUGAAAGUGCGCCGGUGAAUACAGAUGCAAGUGUACCAAUGAAUAUGUUUACAGCAUAAAAGGGAAGGAACAUUGAUAAGUGACAGCUUUGCUGUGAUAAAACUCUCCUCAAGGUACAAAGACAUUACAAAAAAGGUCUAAAAUCAUCAUCGUCCAGCUUAAAGUAGAAUCUUUAAAGCUACAAAAUAAAACUAUGAGCAGCAAAAACAGUCUGGAUGUGUUUUCCUGCCAUGGUAACGAGAGGCGGCAGUUCAUUAUUUUUCACUCAAGUGUUAUGUGUAAUGCAUAAAAGCAUCUCCAAGGUAAACUUCACCCAAACCUCCAAACCGUUUUGCAUAUUAUUACGUGGUUUUAGAGUUCACGGUGAAUUCAUCCACACAGUGAGGUGAAUUUGAGAGUGUCAAUCACAGUUCAGUGGAAUUAGGUACCUGAAAAAUAAUCCCCACAGCUUCAGAGGGGGAUACUUGCAGAGAAAUAUCACUUUUAAGUUGUUUUUGUGAAAGUGUUAUGAAGACUUUGGGGGGAGUAGCAAAGAAGAAAAAAGUGAAAGAAGUAUUAUGUGUUAAAUUCCCUAUGAGGCCCAGUGUAAUGUACAUUACAUUUAAGGUGGAACCGCAACCAGGAA